AUGACUAUCGUGUUGGACAGACAACGCAAAAAAGAUUUGAGAACAUUUGAACGGCACAUUGCUCAUCUUUAUUCGGAUAAAUUACGAGUUCAACGAUUGUGGAGAUUUAUUUACAAUUUGGUGUUAAUAGUGACCAUCAUUUGCUUUUUUCUAUUUUAUUAUUAUUCCUAUCAUUACCAUGCUAGUAGUGUUCCUCUUUCAAGAAAUUCUUCACCAGGAGGAAAACAUCACAUCAUGAUGGAACAAGAUCCAAAUGAUAACAUUUCUUCACAAAAUAUUCAACCUGUUGAAAAAAACAAACUUGUUCAUCAUGACGAUGAUUCAACAAAACAUCGAUCGAAUUACAAUGAAAAUUCAAACUAUGUAAAAUUUCAUCCUUACAAGAGUGACAAGAGUGAAGCAGAAACAGAUCCUGCAGCUUUGGAACAGCAACGAAAGAAUAAUAUUGUAUCAGCUGUUGGAUUCUUUCUACUAGUUUUCUUUUUAAUGGUACACUUUUUCACACAGCAAACACGUCAUCUUGCCAAUGAUUAUGUCUAUGGAUUGAACAUGUCCUUGUAUUUAUUUCAUAUUCAAUUUAAUCCCAAUACUUUGAAAUUAAUCAAAUUAUCUCCUUCUUCACAUGCUGCUUCCCAUGCAGCUGUUUCUACCGUCAAGACUAGUCAAGACAUGAAUCAAGAGUCGACCACAGCAUCAACCAUGAAGAGUGGUACUGCUGACAUGUCUCACAAGGAUGAAGAAGAUUCAACUCAAGAAACACCUUCAUCCAUCAAGACGUUAAGUUUUUAUUCUCAGGGAGGAGAUGAUGAUUUGAAUGACAUUGAUGUCAAGCGAUUGAAUGCAUUCAUUGAUGAAAAUAGAAAACAAAGCAGUAGUGGAGGAUUUCCAUCUGGAAAGAUGAUUCUUCCACCACAUUUGCAGAGACCUGAAAAUUUGGAACGAGAAAUUGAAAUACAAGAAAGUUUAGAACGAAAACAGGAACAAGACAUGAGUCUUGCAGUGAAAGAAUUGGAACAACGAGCUGCAGAGAGUGGUUAUGGAAUGCCAAUGAAGCCUCAAAAUGACAUGGAUGUGAUACCUGUGGAGGGAGGAAAGGCAUUACAACAUUCUCAACGUUUACAUCAUUUGUAUUUUCAUAGAGAACGAGAUGAUGACGAGGAAGAGAGUAUUCAAGAAAAAAAGAAUAAGUGA